CUCCACUGCCACGAGUCCAUCUCUAAACAUCUCAUAUUUAAAAAUGUCAGGUAGAAAAUCUGAUUAUAAAUCAAAAGUAAUGUUCCUGAGGGGAUUUGCCUCUCUUCAUAUGCUUCCUCAGAGAAGCCAGUGAAAAGGGGAGCCUGUGUGGAAUGAAGGAAAGGAGGAGGAGAUAGAAAAAGCAGCAGAGAGAGACUGGCUGGGGGUGAAAGAACAACAGGAAACCAACCGAUUCUAAUGCUGUUUCUGCAAAUCCUUCACAGAUAAAGCCGCGGACUGCCACGUCCCAGCCAAGCUACUCUCACACCAUGCCUUUUCUUUGAUCAUCACUCCAAGUUAUGCCAAACUAAAAAGGACUUAAAGUUCAAAAUGUGACGUCACUUCUGCUCUCAGCCUCCAACAGUGUGGUUAGUCAGAAUGUGAGCGGAUGCAGCGUUUUGGGAGCCGAUUGCUGAGAUUUGUGGCUGCUUUUUUGACCUAAGAACUCAACCUCUCUCUUAUGGGGUCAUAUGGAUCGAUCGCCGUUCCUCCAAGGAUCUGUUUGUUUUAAACCUCGGGACUACUAACUGGAGCCACAUGAAGAAUAAAGGGACUAAGCAGAAGUCCAAAAAGAAAGGAAGUGAAAAUGUGUUCGGCUGUGACCUGAUAGAACAUCUCCAGAACUCCGGGCAGGAUGUUCCUCAGGUUCUGAAGAAAUGUGCAGAGUUUAUCGAGGAACAUGGGAUUGUGGACGGGAUCUACAGACUGUCGGGGGUCACCUCAAAUAUCCAGCACCUCAGGCAGGAAUUCUGCUGCGAGGCGUGCCCUGACCUCACAGAGGAAGUGUACCUCCAGGACAUCCACUGUGUGGGUUCCUUAUGUAAGCUGUUCUUCAGGGAGCUACCCAAUCCUCUGCUCACAUACGAGCUAUACAGCAAAUUCACUAAAACAGUCCUGGUUCAGGGGGACAAUGAGAGACUUUUACACAUUCAGGGGGUCAUCAAAGAACUGCCGACACCUCACUUCAGGACUCUGGAGUACCUUACUAAACACCUGGCCCACCUUGCCACCUUAAGUACGACAACAAACAUGCAUACCCGUAACCUGGCCCUGGUGUGGGCUCCAAACCUAUUAAGAUCUAAAGACAUUGAGGCGUCAGGUACUAAUGGAGACAUGGCCUUCCAAGAGGUGCGGAUACAACAGUCAGUGGUUGAGUUUAUUCUAAACCACAGAGAGGAGAUCUUCAGCGGUUCGGCCCAAAUAAAACCCAAAGAAGGACCAAGUUUGAAGUGUGAGGAGAACUACGCCACGCUCCCAAUCAGCGGCCAGUGUGGGCCGAUGAAGCUGAUGAGCCUGGAAGAAGCCCAGGCCCGCUCCUUGAGUCCAAACCACCCGGUGCACAGAGAACGUCAGCGAGAAAACAGCCUGCCUAACACCAGCACUGCCACGCUCUACCACACCGUCAUAGACAUAUCAGACAGCAAGAGAAAGUUUUCUGGGAAAUCCAAGAAAUGGAAGUCCAUCUUCAACUUGGGAAGGUCUGUGGAAAGGGGAAAACUGAGCCGGAAUGGAAGCGUGUUCAUAAGAGCACAAGGGACAGAAAAGGCAGCUCUUCGUUCAUCCAGGAGCAUGGAGUCCUUAUGCUCCUUACCAACAGAUGAUGACAGAACAGGACACAACAGCCCAGCUGGUGGAUCCGGCAGCCUUUUUGGUCAAGAUGUGAAAUCCAGAACGCUUGGAUCUGACUUGCUCUACGACCUGAGCGAACAUGACCAGAGCUGGGAGUAUAAAGAGACAACAUCUGACGGGGCAACAGGCGGCUGGAGCUCAAAGAUUUACCAAAAAGGGUCCACAGGUUCCUCUGCACCCCCCCAAAAAACACUUCCAGAGCAACUGAAGGUUUACAAAGGUGAUGAACUCAGUGGAUACAAGCCCACCUCGCCGAAAAGCAGGCGGAUGUUGUACUCGGGCUCCUCCCAAAACAGCUCCUCUCGGCCCUCCUUCCCAGGAAGCUUCUUCCCGCUGGAGUCUUCUCCAAGGCAUCAGCGCAGGGCCGUCAACAUAUCUGAGCCUUUUGCUGUGUCUGUACCUCUGCGUGUGUCGGCUGUUAUCAGCUCCAACAGCACGCCGUGCAGGGGCCACGCCAAGGACAAAGCAGCUACUCUGAAACCCUUCAAGGAGAGCUCAGAGCAGAGCAGCAACAGUGGAAAGAGCAACACGUUCCCUCUACUGGAACCAAGGAAGCAGGAAGGAAUGGAGCGGAAAAAGAAAGCGGAACCGAUAUCCAGGGUCCCUCCAAAGGAUGCAAGCAAAGAAGUGGUUAAAGAAGGUCAAAGAGGGAUGAAUACUUCUGAACUUGAACCAGCAUCCCCGGCAAAUGCAAGGGACGGCAAGGACGCAGCGCCCUCUCCUGGGAAAGAGGACAACCGGCAGACAACCAUCCAACUGGAUAAGGGAUCUUCUACUGGGAAACAGCCGUGGACUGACCUCAAACAGGAACUGAAGAUAACUGAACCUGAGAUGGACCUGCUGGACGAGACUUUUAACCCCAUUUUCGGCUCCAAGGGCACGUUUGAGGGCACGAGGUUAACAAUGGAUGUUAAGUCAAAGCGAAGCCGCAGCUCUCCGUCUCUGUUAUUCAGGGAGCAGUCUUCAAAUACCUCUUUGAGUGACCGUGUAAUCGCCACUGGAGACUCUGCACAGAAACAGCCCUCAGGGUCAGACAUCUCACUUCACAAAAACACCGAAAUCACCCCUCCUGCUGACAUCUUGGAUGAGAAAAAGAAGAAGCUGCAUCUGAAAAUCACACCCUUACACAAAGAUGACACCAAACAGGGUCAACUUAUUUUAAAGGAAACGGAUAAAGUUGUAAAUCCUUUGACGAUAGAGGAUACUCCAGCGGUUGUAGGCUUCUUAGGAGCAGAUGAUGCCAACAAGAAAUCAGAAGAAAGCGAAGUUCCUCAAGGAGACAAAAAAAUCUCCUGUGUUGGAGCAAAGAAAGAUUUGAUUCCAGAAGUUAUUCAAAGGCUGUCGGUGUGUUUGGAGGAAAAACGUAAGACUUUGGAUCUGCCAAACCUUGGCGAAAGAAGUGGGAGAAACUCCGAGGAGCUGGACUUGGUUGAGUCUUGGGAGGACUAUAGCUCCACUAAGUUAUGGGUUACCAGUCCUCUCCACUCACCGGACGUGGAGGAGUUCUUUAACCGACUAUCGCCCUUCUGCUCUGUGGGGGAAACUCACAUUUCAUCUGCUUCAGUUGAUAAUAUCAAACAGUCGCUUGUUAAAAGCACUGAGCACCCCUCAGGCAGCUUUCCUCUGACUACCAGUAGCAAACCAGAGACUAAAUGGACGUGUUUGCCACCGGGGGUCAGUGCGACCGGCAGUAGCACAGCACAACCUCACACAGGAAAAGCAAAACAGAAGAACACAGUGUCAUCUCAGAGGUUGUACAGACAGAUGUCUUAUGAGGCGGAGAAAAGAGAAGAAAACAGCUAUUCUAAACACCGACCAUAUUCACUCAAUUUGGACCUUGGGAAUCGAUGCAUCAGAGACAUUUCUAAUCGGCAAAACCGUAAUUCAUCAGAGUUCUCCUCAAGUCAGAGAGGACUACUGACCUCCUCUGAAUCUGUAGCCAGCAGGCUGCCCUCAGAGCUGGAGUUGUUUCUGAGUGAUCGGCAGGCUCCUCUACGCAGAAAUUCUGCCCCGGUAAGCGUGUCAUCGGUGCGAACGGCCUUCAUGAUCAAAACAUGCCAGGCCAAAGCCGUGCCCGUCGUCCCUCCAAAGGUGCAGUACAGUCAGAUACCUCCCUCCAGACAUGAGAAGGACUUUGACGAAGCCAAGGAACAAAAAAAGGAAGAUCCUAAGACGACUGUAGAGAAAAGCAACGCGGCACUUGCUCCGGUGAUGUCCGAUCUCAAGGAGGAGCUGGAGAAUAAAAAGCCUGAACCCAAACACCAAAAACUCCCACUUGUUGCCGAGUCUCCGAAGACCACAUCUACUCCAGAGCUGCCAGUCAUCAGGAGGAGACACCCGCCCAGUUUGGAAGUGUUUGUGGACUGUCCCAGACCUAACAGAGGGAACAUCCAUCAGAGACCGUCCUUUAGGAACAGGCAGAGACCUCAGAGCCUCAUCCUGCUCAGCCCUCCUUUUCCCAUCAUGGACUAUCCUCCCUCAGGAGACGACAGCAGGCUCCUCUCGUCCAUCAAGAGCCUGGAUGAAACGUCGGCAGUGAAUGACUUUUCUAAAGAGAUGGCGGAGAAUUUCAGGACACCGGAGGGGGUCGCCCUUCAAAACAAAAUGACUAUUCCAAAAAGUGGACAGAGACUGGAAACGUCAACCAGCUGCUUCUACCAGCCGCAGAGGAGGUCCAUGAUAUUCGACAGCAGGAGCCACAGACAGAUUGAGUGACUGGAGGGGAAAGCACUGACUGUGAGACUGGCUGUGUGUAAAUACAUAAAGUAUAUACGAGGACACUCAGGAGGAUGAUAUGGUAACCUAAGGUUAAUACAGGCAUUUUGUUUGCUAUGAUUCAGGCGUUUCUUGAGGGCUUUGUGAAAAGAGAUGCUGAAGUAUUUGAGUGAAUGAAGCCAUAAUGUAUGUGAAAGCUUGAAUGAGAUCUAGGAAUGCCAUUUUUUUUAAAUCACCUAUUACCAUGCAGACAAGUCAAUUAAUUGUCGAGUCUAGAAAAUAUCAGACAAUGCCAUAAAAAGGGAAAAAGGAAGUUUCCUAGUGUCCAAGAUAUUCAGUUAUAUAGAUAAACUCAUAAGACUUAAGGCGCUCGCUAGCUUUUCAGAAAGUUUCAGCCAUAUAUCAUAGUCUCUCAGCUCUCAUCAAGAAAACUCCAUCCACUUAAGAAGACUAUGAGAUGUGGUUUAAAUCUGUGCAAGAAGCUAGUAAGUUGACUUCGUCUGGAUGUCAUUUUAAAUUUGACUUUUUAUACUAUUUUCCCCAAAAAAGGUUUGUUAAACUGGAAGGGCACUUGGGGUGCAGAACUUCACCAUAGCCACAUUUAUCACAUUUGAAUCCGCUCAAAAAUGCUGACCCAUGCUACUCCUUUUCACAGAGUUUCAUGAAAAUCGGGAGAAUAGUUUUUACUUAACCCUGCUGACAAAACAUAAUAUGUCCUAACUGAAUUUACCCUCACACAUUAAGGGCUUUGAAUACAGGAAGUGUGCAGGAAAGGUUAACAGCCAUGAAUUUAAACAUGUAGAUGAAAAUGUGUUUAUUUAUUCCUUUAUUAACAUACACACGAUAUAAAGUAAACUUCAUAUCGUUAUACUGUAUAUUGGCUCCGCAGUAAGCUGAAUGUGAUUUAAGAAAUAUAUAUAUUUAAAAGGACUUCUCUAAAUACAGUAUAUAUCGCAAACUCAAUUUAGAUAGUAUUUACCCAUGGAAGAGCUUUAAUUCAUGUGUGUCUUUAUUUUCAGAAAUUGCUUUGUAUGUUAUGGCCAUUUUUAUUUGUUGUUUGUUUUUUGACAACAACGACAAGCAGCAUUGUAGUAAAGAUUUUGUGCUGAUGCUGCUGUGCUGACAUUAAACUGGAUUUGACUUUGUGCACGCUGACUGUAUUUCAUGUGUUUGAGUCCAAGUCAGAUGACGGUAUCUCGAGGUUUGUGCCUCUUUUCUUUGAUUUAAAAAAACACGGGAUUUGUUGUUUUUAGCUUUGGGGCCCAUGACCAUAACAGUCUGAAUGUUAAAGGAGGCUACAGAGUAUUUUCUAAAGAUGUGGAUGUAAAUGAAGACAAAGUGUUUUUAUACUUUAGUUUGGAUGGACUGGAUGAAUGAUUAAGGUGUUUUAUAAGGAAAAGGUUUAAGAAAUUAGAUACAAGUUGUUGUUAUUUUUGCUUUGUAACUUUUGUAUACUUGUUGAUACUGAAAAUUAUGGAUCGAAGCGUCUGUAUUCAUAGGAAAAAGAACUGAAGUGAGAAUUUUGAGAGUUGGCCGUAAUUACCUGUUGUCGGCCUUUGAAGUGAUGUACAUAGGACACUUGAUGAAUUUUGUUACAACCAAAAGUAAAGAGAAUAAAAUGUUCUGAAAUCACA